ACUAUUCUAUGAACAACGGGCGUCGUGUUCCAUAAUAUAUUAAAAAACAAUUCUCAUCAAACGACUAGCUUGCCACGGUCUAUGGCCCACGGUACUGUUAACUAUUAAUCGCGGUUAACUUUAUUUUUAGAUAACCGUACUUUUAACGUAGGUAAAUGGUCGUUAGAUAAUCUGUAUCAGUUGCGUCAUUUUUUUUGUGUAAAUAGGGGUGCUGAAAUAUGUAAGCAAGCCAAUAUUUUUCAUCGUCUGACCAUUUUUUCUUAAUCAUAGUGAAUACAAUAUAUAUUUUAUGUAUGUAACUAUGGCGCAUGGGGUAGAAUGAGAGUUAGGUAUAUAUUUUAUAGUUUAAUGAAUUAAAAAUAAUUGAAAAGUUGGAUGUUGGAAAAUGAUUUUGUCAUACAUAUACGAUAUACUUGAUACUUCUAAAUGUUAUAACCUUUCCAUAAUAUUAUAUACCUAUAGGCUAUAAUAAAUAUAUAUUGUCUCUUUAAUCUGUAUUCAUAUCAUAUUAUACCUACGCAUUAUGGUUUUAAUAAUAGUAUAUUUUAAAUUGUAUAGCAAGUCAAUAAGAAACACACAAAAGUAGUGGUGUCGAAGUACACCAGCCACCAUCUAGUGGCGUCCCUGAUCCAUCUCUAAAAAAUAAGCUACAUAAGUCUAAAAAGACUUGUUAAAAUGGAACCAAAGCGAUCCAGACUGCCGAUGACUUGGACUUUAAGACCAGUGCUGCCGGAGAAUGUAACAACUGAUAGUAUCACCACAGUGAAUGUGUUUGUAGACAGUAUUAUUAAUCAAACCUCAACCAGCAAAAUUGUUAAGAAUCUUGGACAAUUGUCUGUGAUAAAUUCUUUGACUCAUCUUAAACGCGUUAAAAAUCAAAAGAUCAUACUAAUGUUAGCCAACGAUUUGGAUCCAGACGAGUGUGUGGCAGAGUUGGAAGGCAAAGGAUUUAACUUUGCUGGCCUAUCAGGUCGACCUGAGAUCAUUCCAGUCCCGGCUUACAUGCCAAAAACAUGUAGCCAGAACCUAGAAGCUCGUAAGCUGUGGCCAUGCAACUUUCAUCCAGACAAACGACUAGAGUCAAUAUUGCGUGGUGAUUUUUUUAACCAACUUGAACUUGCCACUAUUGAUGGAUACAUGAGGACGGCGUUGGCAUGUGCGACUGGUGGAGUAGGUGCUGUGGUGGUCGAUCCUUUGAACGAUUUGAUUAUAGCGCAAAGUGGUGAUUUCCGUACCGAACACCCUGCAAAGCAUGCAAUUAUGUGUGUGGUAGAUAAAGUGGCCAAGGCUCAAGGAGGUGGAGCGUGGAACUCCUCGUCUACCCUAGCUAAAACAUCUAGGGUCACUUAUGACAAAACUGGGCCAUAUUUAUGUACAGGAUACGAUGUGUAUGUUACCAAAGAACCAUGUGUGAUGUGUGCUAUGGCAUUGGUGCACAGCAGAGCGAGAAGAGUUUUCUAUGGAUUUGAGGAUGCCAGCGGGCCCGGAGGCUUGGGUGGAUCAGUCAGCAUACAUCUCCUUAAAGGAAUAAACCAUCGAUUUGAGGUUUUUGCCGGUGUUUUAGAAGAAGAAUGCAGAACUGCAGCAUUGGUUUUGCAUACUAACAAUAUUGUUCAGAACAUAACACACACUGAGUAAAUUGUUGAAUACUAAAAUCUACAUAAUAUAAUAAAUAUAAUAAAUUGGCACAUAAUAUGUAUUAUGUUUAAA